CAACAAAUGCUUUCGUCCAAUGAAUUUUUUUAGAAUGUGAUUGGUGCGGUCAAAAUAAGAGAUCACUGGUUUAGCAAUUUUGACAAAAAAGAGAGCAUGACAGUUCUGAACGAGCUGACACUUUUUAUUGAUAAUAACGUGCAUUUGGUCAAAUAUCCUCCAAUAGUUGGCUCGAUUCUUUUUACAUGUGUGCUCGGCUACAGAUACAGGCAUCUGGCGAAGCAGUUGUCGUCAACAGAUGAAAUAUGGUCAUGUAUGAAGCAGUUCGAGAAGGAGGUGAAAUUCAGAGCAAUUGUUGUCAAAAGGGGAGGCAAAACCGGUUCUCAGUUGUUCAUCUGCCUCUUGCUAUGUCUUGGAGGAAGAGAACCGAUAUGUCGAAAUACUUUGAAGUUGAAUUAUUUGGUGUUGAUAUUGCAUCGAAGAAAAGCAACACCUUCAUUGACAGUGUGAUCCAAUCCAAUCAGAAAGUUUUAUUCACACCUCAGGGUAUCAUAAAUGACUCCAUGUUGAAGGCAAACGUCCUAUAUCGGCCCAAGUUUUGGUAUCCAUUUCGCCGAGAUCUGAGCACCGAGCUUGUUAAACGUGGAUUAGCCCGUACAGCUUUCUGCCCUUCAGUUCAAUUUACUAAUACAAUUUAUACCUCUUCUGCCUUGGAUAGUUUGAAGCGACUGCAGAGUUUCGAACGCGAAGCCGAAAGAAAACGGGUUGGAAUCUGGGAGGGAAAAAAAAGUUUGCGCAGCCAAUUUAAACGACUUUUCAGUGGUGCUAGCGACAUGGGCGAAGAAAUCACAGUCGCGUCUUUGGAGAAGAAACUUCUCUCAGAUAAUGAACUAGGAGCAUCACAUGUUGAGCUGACAGACACUUCAGGAGGGUGUGGAGCCAGUUUUAUGGCUCUGGUUGUCUCCGAGAAGUUCCAGGGACUCAAGCUACUCCAGAGACAUCGCCUUGUCAAUCAGGCGUUGGCUGAAGAAUUGAAGAUUAUACACGCUUUCCAAAUGAAAACAGUUACUAAAGAGGAGUUCGAGAAACUGAAGUCCGGGUAAACUUUGGUUCGUUUCCGACAUAAUCGGACUUUUAGUUUUGAAAACUGAUAUUGAACAGACUGAUAAUUGUGUAAUUAACUGGCAAAACUUUG